UAUGGUGAGUGUAAAAUAUUAACACAUAAUUAGGUGUUAUGAAAGCUUAACGUUUUAAAACACGAUUGUGAUUUGUGAUUAGUACCAGGGGUAAGCAAUUAAUAAUAAUAAAGAAAGAAAAGGGCAGUAGUGACUAGUGAGUGAUGUAUAAAAUAGAAGAGCGCACAUUAGUGAUGGUAAGUGGUAAUAAUAAUAAAGUAAACUAAAAGAAUAUAUAAGAGGAGGUGCAUACUGCAUAGAUAGCAUAGAUAUAUGGGGGUGGUGAUUUGGCAUUUUGUGGUUUUGUUCGGUGCUUGUUGCUGUUGGUUGGUUGUUUGUUGGCUGCCUUUGAGGACUUGAGGAGCGGCGAGUUUUCCCUUUUUCUUUCAGCAGCUAAGGAGUUGUGACAACUUUUGACUAGUGUUUAUACAUGUAGCACCAGCAUAGAAGAGGCUCAACACGCCCACUCUUGUGUUGUUUCUUUUCUUUCUCAAACGUGCUUUCCAAUCUUCUCUUUGUAAACAUUUCACUAAUACUUUGUUGUGUGUGAAUCGGAAGAAUGGAUUCAAGUAAUGAGGUUGAAAUGCAGGAGCCGAGUAUUGAAACCGAUAAGCUAAGCUACGAAAUAUUCUCCAUUCUGGAGAGCAAGUUUCUAUUCGGCUACGACCAACAGAAGCUCUGGUUCCCCAAGAACAUACCUACCUCUAUUGAUCCCAAACCGGAACUUCUUCAACCGCCAACCGUCGCAACCAUUGACGCCGUAUCUUCCCUCAAGAACCAGCGUGGCAAGAUAUGCAUCCUCUCCAUCGACGGCGGCGGAGCCAUGCGCGGGAUCCUCGCCGGUAAAGCCCUAGCCUACCUUGAAAAUGCUCUCAAGAACAAGUCUGGCGACGCCAACGCCACAAUCGCCGAUUACUUCGAUGUCGCCGCCGGUGCCGGCGUCGGAGGCAUCUUCACCGCUAUGCUAUUCGCCACCAAGGACCACAAACGUCCGAUUUUCGCCGCCGAAGACACCUGGAGGCUGCUGGCCGAGCAAGGUCGCCGAUUCUACCACCCUAACACCGGAACCAGAACAUGCUCCGGCCGCCGAGGAUUCUUACGAAGGCUGUUCGGCGGUUCCAGCUCCGGUUCAAUCGGUUCGGCGACUUCCGGUCUAGAGAAAACCGUUAAGGAAGCGUUUACGGGCGAGAACGGUCGAAGCUUAACAUUGAAGGACACGCUGAAGCCGGUUCUUGUUCCGUGCUAUGACUUGUCCAGUACGGCGCCGUUUUUGUUCUCACGUGCUGACGCCUUAGAAACCGACAGCUAUGACUUUCGGCUCUGGGAGGUGUGCCGGGCCACUUCGGCUGAACCGGGUCUGUUCGAGCCGCUUCAGAUGCGGUCCGUUGAUGGCCAGACCAGUUGCUUGGCGGUUGACGGCGGUUUGGCCAUGAGCAACCCCACCGGCGCCGCCAUCACGCACGUGCUCCACAACAAACAGGAGUUCCCCUUCGUCCGCGGCGUGGAGGACCUCCUCGUGCUGUCCCUCGGCACCGGCCAGCUCCUCGAAGCCCGUUAUGACUACGAGGAGGUCAGGAAGUGGAAGCCCAAGGAUUGGGCCCGGCCUGUGUCCCGAAUCUCUGGCGACGGCUCAGCAGACCUAGUCGACCAAGCUGUUGCCAUGGCUUUUGGACAAGGCCGGAGCACAAAUUAUGUUCGCAUUCAGGCAAACGGGUCUAGGAUGGGGCGAUGUGGACCCAAUGUGGAUACAGAUUCAAGUCCUGAGAAUGUAAAGAUGUUGAUUGGGAUGGCGGAGGAGAUGUUGAAGCAGGAGAAUGUAGAGUCAGUGCUGUUUGGCGGGAAGCGGAUCGGCGAGCAAAGUAAUUUCGAGAAACUUGACUGGUUCGCCGGAGAACUCGUCCAGGAGCAUCAGAGGAGGAGCUGCAGAAUAGCUCCCACUGUUGCUUUCAAGCAAGCUACCCCAAAAGCGACCUAAUUCAUGGACAAACACUUGCAAGAAUCAACAUAAAGAAAAAUUAAUGAAAGAGGGAAAAAAACAGGGGAAGAACAUGAUAUAUAUAUAUAUAGCUGGAAAAACAAGAAGCAGGGGGAGUAGAAAAAGAAAAAAAAAGGAAGAGGUUGAAGGGGUAGUAAACUAGUAAUAUUUAGCAGCUUUAAUAUGCAAGAAUAGACAAAGAAGUGUUAGGGAGUUGAGUGAAAAGGACAAGUAGUGUGUAAGUGUAAAAAAGGGUGGAAAAUCUCUGUGGGAUACUUUGUUCUCCAUAGGACAGACAUGUGGUCUCCACUAAAACCUUUCUAUGAGGUAAGAUACCAAGAAAAAGAAAAAAGAAAGAGUUGAAGGCUUGAAGUUUUUUAGGGUCAAACAUGAAAUCAAGUGUGAAUUCUUUUCAUUUAAAAGAAUUCAGGGUGGAAUAUUGGAUUACAUAUUUACAUUCUUCAUUUUUAAGUUUUUA